AUGAUGAAGAACUACCACAAUUCAAGAUUAUCUCUUCCGAGGAGCAAUCAACACAAGAGGAUCCUCAAAAUCAGAAGAAACGGAAACUGCAUUGCAGUUUCUUUAACACAAGAGGCAUCUCAGCCCGAUGCCACAAAUCCAAUUCCUGAUCCCCCAAAAGGAACGAGCCUUCAUGAUUCAAUACUUGUAGGACUCGAUAGUGAGAAAGUGACAAACCAUGAUAUCAAAGAUAUUGUAUGGGACCUGGAACUGUCACAAAACGUUAUUGAGGCCUAUAUCCAAAUAGAGGAGGAGAAAAUAGGGCCCAUGCAGACAGAUAGUCCACAGUACAUGUCUACAUGGACUUGGGCUUACAUGCAAACCUUUCUAGAACCAAAUUGGCAUAGGGCCCUGUAUGAACACUUACUUGAAAAACUCGGGAAAUGCAAUGUUCUCUUCUUCCCGAUCAUUUCAAGUUCUGAGUUCCACUUUACACUUCUCACAUUUCACAAAAUUGAACGAAAGUGGAGACACUACAAUCCACUUAGAUCGUUGGGAUCUAGAAAAGAAGAAAAGUGUAUUGACAUUGCUCAAAAUUUUGUUAAUAUUGUGGAAGGGUGGCUAGAAUAUAUCAGACCACAAGCACAAGAGUUCUUAGAAACUAAAAAAAUACCAAAACUUGUGAAGCAAAAAGAAGGGCCCCCUACACCUGCACAGGUUGAUUUGUCCCCAAAUGAAGAACUCACUCUAAAUUGGAUUCUGCAAAAUCCAUAUCAGUUUCCAUUUGAGGAUGACACAGAAUGUGCUCAACAAAAUUCAUCUUCGUUGGAUUGCGGCAUGUUCGUCAUGUUCUACAUGGAUAAAAUAGCACAAGGACAGCCCAUUCCAAAAAGUGUGGACAAGAAAUUCAUGAAUGAAUAUCGAGCACAAUAUGUCACAAAACUCCUACACCACAAACACUGUGUAAUUAAUCGUCUCUAG